UGAACAUUGGAUUUUUGCUCACAUUUAAAUUCUGCCGUUACAAAACGAUGUUGAACUGAGUUAUAUCGUUCUUUCACUUAUAUCUUGUCUGGAACUAGUGCAUAUGAUGCGUCUAAGUGCACUGGGCUAGCGUGGAUUCACGGAUGACCAGUGAAGUUGGUGCGCAGGUCAUUAUCGUUAAAUCAGGGAAGCGAAUUAUCGAUCCAAAACAUUGCAAUUUUUUGUCAAACAGUGUACCUGUUGGAAUAGAAGCUACCGAAAAUCUUCAUCUCAGUUUAGACAAUCCUGUGUCAAGAAUAAAAUCAGAGAAAAGUUUACAACAGAAAUCGUGUCAUCGGUACCAUCAUCAUCAUCAUCAUCCUAUAUACAUGCCUGAAGUGAAAUAUUCUCAAGGUAUUUUUGAAUUCAAUCUAACUUAUAAGAAUUUUGUAUUGAAUCAAGCUUCCAAUUCAUAUAGUGGUUAUACUUCGAAUACAGUAGAACUGUUACAACCAACAUGUUGUCAUAUCCUUGUUUCAGGGGAACGUAUUAAAUCUGUAAGCGUAGAUCAUUUAAGAUGCUUAGAUCAAGCUGUUCUUGACUGUUCACAUGUAACAAGUCAUUUGAAAAAAUCAUUCAUAUCUUGUGAUCGUUUGCAUACAUCACUUACGGAUAGGAACAUUCCAGUUGGAUCACGUUCAGCUGGCGAUGGUCAAACAGAUAAUGAUGAUGAUGAUGAUGACGAUGAUCAUGAAUUCGAUGGUACUGAUUGUCCAACUUAUCCAGAAAAUAUCUCAUACAAAAACAAUCCAGUUAGCUCAACUUCGAGUAAAGUAGAAUUUCACUUAGAUUCAUCAUCUGAUGAAUUGUAUUCUCCGUCAAUAUCUUUUACAAAUGAUCAAACUGAUAUACAACAUCAUCUACUUCUACCAGGUCGUUCUACAUUUGAAAAACACCUAGUUCGAGAAGUAGCCUACUUUGAAUUAUGUGAGUUUUUGAUUGAACAAAUGGAAGAAAUUUAUGAUACAGAGACUUAUAAGUUGUUAUUGAGUUCAGAAAUCAAUCAGAAGCAUAAUGAUAGGCCUUCACAGAUGCAUCCUGACCAUCAGAUAACAUUAAUUGAUACUACUAUUCAUAAAUUGGAUAAUCCACUAACUCAAGGUCAUCAACAUAUUGUAAAUACUGCGACUGGAUUAGCUAUUUCAUUAGUCAAUAUGUGUAUAGAAAAUACUAAUAAUAAUGGAAAAUCAGAAAUAAUCUCUUGUAGAUUAUUUGAAUUACGUGAAAUUUUACUUCAAACUUUUGAUAUAGAUUGGGUUGAUUUAGAUGAACAGUCUACUAACUCGAACAAAAAAACAACAAUACUCACUUAUAACAAUAAACUUCAGAGAUUGUUCAAGUCAUUCAGCUUUUCAAAAACUAAUCAAUAUCCGAUUAAAUCAUUGGAUAACUCCAUAGAACUAACUCAUCAAAGUCUUCAUGCAAAGUCAUUCCAUCAACCGAUGAAUUCAAAAUUAACCGUCCAAUCUCGUCCACAAUCUAGUUAUUUAUCAUUAUUUCUCAAUUCUUUCAAUUCAAUACGUCAUCCUGGGACAUCAGCGUCUAUUGUUUCACUGAAGAAUACAAGUAUGAUUGAGUUAGAUAAUCCAAGUGUUAAAUCAACUUUGAAACAGGAUAGUAAUUGUGAAUCAUUAAUUUCUUUGAUUAACAAUUUCAAAUUUUCAGAUAAAUUGAAUUUACCAUUUAGUAAACACCAUUCUUCAGUGGAUUUUGUAUGUACCCCGUUACCAUUCGGUCUCUUAAUAAAUCCACCUGUCUUAAAAUCUAAACGUAAAGCGAUUCUGGCCAGUCAGAAUAAUCGAUGUGCUGGUUGUGGAGCUUUUAUCGAAACACGAUAUCUGAAAAGAAUGCGAUUUUGUGAAUUCUUUGGUCGUUAUUUUUGUUGUGUUUGUCAUUCGAAUACAUUGAUGACUCUUCCAGGGAAUUUAUUAACUUCUUGGGAUUUUCGUAUGUUACCAGUUAGUAAUUUCGCUCGUGAUCGACUUCAUCAGCUGCAUAAUGAACCUUUAUUAAGAACAAUCGAUUUUAAUAAACAAGUUUUAAAUCGUCAAUCUAAUAAUCUCUUGAAUUGUAUAACUCUACGUAGACAAGGGAAUUUAAUGUUACCUUUUAUUGAACGAUGUCAAGCAGCUCAACAGUUGAUAGAUUUUCAAUCUAUACCAAAUCAUUGGUUUAAAACACCAGAUUUAUGGAGUAUGGCUGAUUUACAUACUGUACAUAAUGGGAAAUUAUCAAUAAUCUUACGUAAUAUAUUAUUACCAAUUGUAGAGCAUAUAUCAUUAUGUGAACGAUGUUUAGCUCAAGGAUUUAUUUGUGAAAUAUGUAAAUCUGGUCAAAUUCUAUUUCCAUUCGGUCAAAUAAAUACAAUUAUAUGUUCAAAUUGUUCAGCUUGUUUUCAUCGAACAUGUUUAAAUAAUAUACCGAAACUAGAAACAUGUCCUAGAUGUAUUCGACGUGCAAUUAAACGAGAACAAAUAACAAUAAAAUAGGUUGUAAAGUUUCUCUUUCAUUUUUCAAAGGAUUCUCUUCUUUCUUAUCUACUGUAAUCUAUCUUCGGUACCAUCUUUUCAUUCUAUUCUACUAUUCUUAACGAUUAUCAUAUCAUCAAUUACAAUUGAUGUCUAUUUAUCUAGUACUACUAAAUUCUUAUUAUUUAUCAUAAAAUAUUCAUUAUUGUGUACAGAAGAAAUUCAAUGAAUGAAUGAAUGAAUAUGUAAAUUAUUGAUUUGUAAUUAUAUUAAGAUUUUUCUAAAUAGAAUUUUGUAAGGUUUUGUGGAGAUUUAGAGAGAGAUAUUUCAAGUUGGUAUUCAUUGUAGACU